AUGACCAUCAAUUCUAUUCAAGCUCUCUCUGAAGACAUUGCUCGACUCCGUGAGCUCAAGGAGCGAGUCCAGCACGUCCGUCAGCUGCCCCCGAUGCUCGUGAAAAGCACCGCCAAGGGCACAACUGCUGACGCGUUUGCACGCAUGCGGGCCCUGAGCGAGCACUUGGCGUCAGAGGCCACCCAGCGCGCGCUCGUCCGCGCACGAGACAGUCUGGCAGAAGACCCGUCAGACGUUCGGGGCGAGGGGCGGCCGCAGAGGCGCACGCGGACGCAUGGGCGGAGCCCAGAGGGUUAUGUGGCCGACGAGGAAGAGCGUGGCGCGCCACUACCACACAGCACGGAGCCUGGGGUAACGGUGAGCGAGCUGGGCGAGUGGGCACGGGCGUACAACAGCACACACACGAACAAAAUCCGGAUCAGGGGCCGGACGUUGCGGAUGGCCAUCCCAGAUGUGAUGACGGUGUACAUGGGGAUUGGAACGCAGGAGCGGGUGGUGGUGGAGACGAUUCGUGCAUUCGGGUCGCGGGAGAUGCGAUGGACUGGGCCAGUCGCGGUUCGGGGUGUUUCGGGUGCUGUCGCAGCAGCUAAACAAGAUGCUGGACGGAGAGCUGCCGCUGCAGACGGUCGUCGCGGUGGUGGAGGCGUACGAGAAUGUAUUCGACAGCCGGUGCACGUGCUGCGGGCGGGUCGUGGGAAUGGAGGGAGAUCUGCCCGGGGUGGUGCGGCGGUGGACGGGGCGGAGCUGGCGGGUCGAGCAUAUUGA